GCGUGGCCGAGGGCGCUCCCCGCGGCGCCGAGCCCCUCUGGACGCGGGACUCCGCGGGGAGAAGCCGAGGGCGGCGCGCUCGUGGCCGCCACCGGCCGCGCUCAGGAGACGCAGGAGGAAGGUGAAGCGGGCGACGAAGGAGCUCGGCAGCUCGGCUUAGCCCUCCCCAGGACCCUCAGAAAGCCACUCUGCCGGAAAUAAGGCCUGUUGCAUCUUCUCUGCUCCAGCCGCAGAGAACUUGACAGCGUGGACAGUAGAGAGAAGGCGGCGAUCUGCACAGCCUGUUCUUAGCAUUCACUUGGGGCACUGUCUCCUUAGAGGCUUCUCCUGAUGUGUUAGAGGCCAGCUGUCCCCUAGCUCUGUAGUUCUUUUCUGGAGACACAGUACCUCCACAUCCAUCAGAUUUUUUGAAUGCCAGAUUCUCCCAACCCUGCAUGGAAUCUUUUGUGUAUUUCAAAAGCUAAUUAAAAGCCACACUUUUCAGGAGUCUGAGAGAUAGCACAGCAGGAAUAGGAGGCACCUGGGCGGAGACCUCCUUUCACACAGCCAGAGAUGGCAUCAGUGGACUUCAAGACCUAUGUGGAUCAGGCCUGCAGAGCAGCUGAAGAGUUUGUCAAUGUCUACUAUACCACCAUGGAUAAGCGGCGGCGUCUACUGUCUCGUCUGUACAUGGGAACAGCCACCCUGGUAUGGAACGGAAAUGCUGUUUCUGGACAAGAGUCAUUGAGUGAGUUCUUUGAAAUGUUGCCUUCCAGUGAAUUCCAAAUCAAUGUGGUAGACUGCCAACCAGUUCAUGAUGAAGCCACACCAAGCCAGACCACAGUCCUCGUUGUGAUCUGUGGGUCAGUGAAGUUUGAGGGUAACAAGCAACGGGACUUCAACCAGACUUUCAUCCUAACUGCUCAAGCCUCACCCAAUAACACAGUGUGGAAGAUAGCAAGUGACUGCUUCCGGUUCCAGGACUGGGCUAACUAGGAAGUCUAAAAAGGCCUCUCCAGCCACAGUUCUGUAGGUAAAUAUAGAUCUCAAAUGUGGGAACACAGGUUUCUUUCUCUCUUGCAGACUUCCCUGCCCACAUUGAAUUCUGUUUGCUCUAGUUUAAGGAUCCACCUUUUUGAGUGUUUAUGUGUUUGUCUUAGAUGCCUUUUCAAAUUAGUAGACUUUUCUAUUUUUAUACUUACUCACUUAGAGACCCUGGUACUGAAAAUUCUGGACCCCCUCCCCCCCAAAAAAAAACUGUAAUAAUAAAAAUGUUGUUUCUUUAUCCUUGCCUGAAAUGUUAGACUAUUUUGAGGAGGGUGGAAAAGCAUUAAAGGCAGGAAGCUUAGUAAAAGGUAUUUACAGAGAUAUGUGAACUCUAAGGCCUGUUGCAUACCUUAAGCAGAGGUUUUCACUCAGGUAUAGUAGUGAUGGAGUUCACAGCUGUAAUUCCUUAGGACCUUUGAAAAUUACCUUUUUUCAAUCUACACAGCCCAUAUUAACUUUUCACCUAGAUUACCAGGACUAGAAAUUGACUAUUUUCAAAAACAUGGGAGAUGGGAGAUAUCAACAUUUGAGUACCUCAGACUUACUGUGCAUAUGCCUGAGAACCUUAGGUGGCUGAAAGUAUGCAAAUGAAAUUAAAUGAAUAAAUGCUUGUAACUUGAAAUUCUCUUCCUUUGUAAAGAGAAGAAGAAGUACUGGAGUGGGUGGUGGUGGUGAGACAGUUCAAAUUACAAAUUUUAUUAACCCUGAAGACUAAUUCUAAUUUCUCCAUAUAAAGAAAAAGUAAAUUGUUGAAGGCUUAAUUGUCCUUUAACCAAUAGAUCUUAGUACUACAUAGCUUCUGAAGUUACAUUUUCUUUGACUAGGGCAUAGUAUGUUUGAUCUAGAAUUGUAGUUAGUUAUGAUAGUGAAUUAGAAAUAUCAGAGAAGGAAGUAAACUCUGAUUUGUACAGUAGCACAUAACGGCAAUUUCCUCUGUAUCCCCUCCCUUUUCUACUACUAAACUCCAGUAUUUAGUGGGGCAAAACUCCCACCUAAAAGGCUAAACUUUCUAAAAGAUUUGACAUGAUUAAGUUUUGGCCAGUGACACUUAACAGUUGAGCUUGGAAUUUGCUAGAUUAACCCUUCUGUCCUACCUGGACAAGGUUAUGGUAGCUGGACUACUGGCCCUGUCUGAGUUUUGGGCCAUGAGACCAAGUUGACUUUAGGUGGGAACUAUGUUAAGCUGUAAAGUGCAUAUAUACACUGAUGACUUGAACUACCAAAAUGGUUCUAGUUUGCCUUUUCCCAGACUUUAAAAUGAAAGAAGCAUAUUUUAGCAUUAUUGAUUUGAAGUAUUAUGACAUCUAGCCUAGUAAAGCCUAAUCAUUAAGUACGGAAAGAGCUGCAAGGGACAAGAUAUGCAAGUGAGAAAAUGACUGCAGUGUCCUUGACAAACCAGAAUAUUUGGGGAUAUUUUGUGCCCUCUUUUUCAUUUUUCUUUUUUCUUUUUGGGUCAUACCCGGUGAUGCACAGGAGUUACUCCUGGCUCUGGAUUCAGGAAUCGCUCCUGGCAGUGCUUGGGGGACCAUAUGGAAUGCUGGGGAUUGAACCCGGGUCAACUGCGUGCAAGCAAAUGCCCUACCUGCUGUGCUAUCCCUCCAGCCCUGUUUUGUGCCCUCUUGGCCUCAAAAUGUUCACAGUCUAAUGGGAGGCAAUGAAAAUGGUAAAUUUAGAUUUAAAGUCACAUAUAAAGAAUGGUAAAACCAGUUGUAGAUGUGUACAUAGCAAGCCAAGACAAUUCAGCUGAGAUGCUGAUGAAACAUGUAAGAUACAAAAAUUAGUUUCUAACUUGUACAAUUAUCUGAAGUCUAAAACUUCCUUAGCAGAAAAGAGUGGAGUGGCCUGGGAGAAUUGGUGCAGAGAUUGAUGUGUCUCAAACCACAAAGCCUCCCUCAUGGGAUGAGGUGAGAUGCCGUUUUUAAAUCAGGCCUAGAUAGUACUCAUCUGUAUAAUGACAUCAUUUGAUAGGGGUACAUGAAGUAUUUUUACUAAAGAGCUACAUGGAUUGUAGUCAGCAAAAGUAAGCAGUAAUUCUUUUUACCAAUAUGAUCUGGACUUGGAACUGACUGUAUUCAGAAGCUUCUUGAUUUCUCAUUAUUCCCCAACUAUCUGAAUCUGGGGUAUCAUACUACCAGGAACCCCCUCAGUUUUCUUUCCUCUCCAUUUUACAUAUAGAAGCUCCAAGCGACUUUCCCUUUAACCUCCUCCCUUUGAGUCCUAGCCCCUGUCCCUUCUACCCCUCAGCCUCUAUGCUCUUUCAUACUUACAAUCAUUAAAUUAGAUAAAAAAUCAACAGCAACAAUAAACCCAUUGAAAGAACCCUACAGUCUUUGUCUUCUGUGUAUAGGCUGCACUUUUCAGUUUGUUUUUUGGGGCCACACCUGGCAGUGCUCAGGGCUUAGUCCUGGCUCUAUGCUCAGGGUUCACUUCUGGUGGUGCUCAGGGGACCAUAUGGCGUGCCAAGGAUCAACCCCAAGUUGGCCAUAGACAAGACAAGGCAGGCUGGUCUUCCUAAGCUUACCAUGCCACUUGGAAGCCUGAACUGGAGAAGUUGAAAGACUGAUUGCCCCUUCUCACGAAAACCAUGAAACUUGUGAUCUUGGACCAAAGUUAAACACCAUGGGUUAAAGGGUCACUGGUCAGCACAAUGCUGUAAAUUUUUGUUUUUCUUUCUUGAUUGGGGCCAUACUCAACUCUCCUGGCUCCUCAUGUGGCACAGGAGACUGUAGGGAAAGUUGCUGUACUACUGUCUUUCUGGCACCUGAAUGAUCAGUUUGGUAAUUGCCAAAAUAAGAAAAAGUAAUAGCUUCUUGAUCUAUAUUUACCUUCCAAUUGGUUUUCCAAACCACGUUAAUAGAUCUCUUUUCCCUUUUAUCUGCUUUUAUUUUUUUGUUUUUUAUCUGCAAAUACAAAUUUUAUGGACAGCAUUUGUUUUAAGGUUCCUAGGGGGGGAUGAAAGAAAAUACUUAAAAUUUGAAUUUCCACUCUGAAUUUUAUGAAAAAUUCUGCUUGACCUGUAAUCUCGAGAUUUGGGGGGAAAUUGGGUACCUAAUAUGAGUCCCUAUCCUAUGUGUGCCUACCUGUGCCCACCAGCUCCCUCCAAUCACUACCCCCUGCCCUGACUGCAGGAUCUCACUCCCCAGGACUUACAGAUUCUGGGCAGUUUGGGGCAGCAAUAAGGAAGGUCAAAGAGGUCUCCUGUGGGUAGAAAUCUUUGCCUAAAUGGAAGCGCUCCUGUACAUAGACCUGCAUACCUGCUCUAGUGUUGUCUGAGUGUCUAUAUGUGUAGUUUGCUGCCUUUGGAAUGCCACAGAUAUGACCCCCGAAGAGCUUCUGCUUAGGGCAGAAGCCUCUUCCUUCAGAGGGAAAGACCCAAAGACUCUUGCUCUGAAGGAGCAAGAUUUGACUCUUGAGACACAGGAUAGGAAUCAACACAGUCACUUCUGCACAUUUUGUUGACCUAGUUAAGCCAUAAAUUCAGGGUCAGCAAAUAGAUUCUUCCUCUUUGAGACAAAAUUGAAAUACAUGAAAUAUGUGUGAGAAAUGGCAAUCAUAAUUCUCAAAUUUUCUCUUGCUAAUAAGCCUUUAACUCAUGCAUGAAGUUCAUUAAAUGGUUAAAAAAAAUCUUUGUCCAUGUACCAUUUCCCCCAAUUUACUGGACUCCUUCAGGGUUCUAAAAUGAAAUACCAUUUUCUUCACAAGCCUUCCUCCACUCCCAACUUGACUGUGAAGCCCACCUGUUAAAUGAAGAUUGCAGUGAAAAAGUAGAACAGUUACAGAUUGUUUCUGCUUGUUGUCAAAGGUGGGACUACGCUUAGAUGUGUGGAUGUCUGGCAUAAAUGAAUUAAUACUCUCAUUACUAUUGUUCAGGGGCUGCCAUUUGCUUGCAGAGUGUUUCCUUCAGUUUUUCAUCCUAGAACCAGUAUGUCCAUCUGAAGGACAAAGGCAUGCCUAAAAUCUUUAAUAUUCACUUUACAAAGAGACUUUAUAUAAUGACAAAGUUGUGGGAGAGGCAAAACUAGUUUCAGUUUACCAAAAUUAGCAUGUACUCUCUUAAUUAUUUAGAAAGAGAUUAUUUGGAAAUUUAGGAUUUUCAACAAGUUCAGCUGCAAGUCAAGUUCCGUAUUUCUCCACUGAUUGUUAAAUAUGGAUUUUAUAUAUUCCUUAUCAGUUAAAGCUUGAUCCUUCCUCAUUCUGUUGAGUAUUUUUAUCAUGAAAGGAUGUACUUUGUCAAAUAUUUUUCUGCAUUUAUUGAAAUGUGUGAUUUUUUUAGCUUUUAUAUUAAUAUGAAUCGCUUAUGAUUUGGGUAUGCGUUGAACCAUCCCUACACCUUUGGAAUGUAUUUGGUCAUGGUGUAUGAGAUCUUUUAUUUUAUUUAUUUUUUUAUUGUGACAUUAAUGGUUUGCUUGAUUUUCACAGUGAGUUAAAGAUUAAAGAAAUAGAGCAAGGAAA